ACUCUCUAUAAAUAGCUUCGUAUAUUUGAAUGUAAAACCAUACCAAAACACUCCCUCUGCCUUUUGUGCUGAUCAAGAUGGCUUCCAAGACUUUAGCAUCAACAGCUUUUGUUUUGGCUCUAAACCUUCUCUUGUUCAGUUUGGUGAGUUCUACUUAUUGCCCACCACCACCGAAGCCAAAAUGCCCACCACCACCUGCACCCAAACCAAAAUGCCCGCCGUCCGUGCCUGAGGCAACUUGUCCCAGAGACACCCUAAAGUUGGGUGCUUGUGCUAAUGUUCUAGGUGGCUUGGUGGGUCUCGUGGUAGGAGCUGCACCGAAGAAGCCAUGCUGUAGUCUCCUCGAAGGGCUUGUUGAUCUUCAGGCUGCUGUUUGUCUUUGCACCGCGAUCAAAGCUAAUGUCUUGGGUAUUAACCUAAACGUUCCUGUUGAUCUGAGCUUGAUCCUCAACUAUUGCGGCAAGAAAGUUCCCACUGGCUUCCAGUGCCCUUAAUUCUGUGCCAAAUGAUUGUGUAUCAACCUUAUGAAUUGCUAUAAUGUGAUCUUUUUCUUGGUUUUCAAAUAUAAUUAUUUAAGUACCUUUUUUUAA